UGGGUACCAUACUUCUUCGCGAUUCAAGCUUUCUGCUUCUACAUACCUAGUUGGAUUUGGCAUUUUCUUCAACAGUAUGGCAUGGUGGAUAUUCAAACGGUGGUGGAUGAAGCGGUUGCGAUACGAGACGAGAGAAAAGAAGAGAACAGAUCGAAGAAAUUGGUGAAAGUGGUCGAAUUUAUCCGUACCUCUUUCGAGUAUCGCGAUAAACUUCAACAAUCGAUGAGUUUUUGUGCAAGUUUAUUGAAACCAACAAGACUUGGUUUCUUUGCGACCGCAGCUUACCUAACGACGAAGUUUGUGUGGCUUAUAAACGAUGCAAUUCAAUUGUGGCUAAUUGGUCGUUUUCUGGGUAUUGAUGAUCCUACAUGGGCUUUUCAGAGUUUGAAACGAGUUGUCUUCGGUUCGGAUUUCUUUUUUGAGGGAAGAGGAUAA